CAGUUUACGCGGUGAAGAGUUUUUCUACUCUCGUAUACUCUGCUAGCUUUUUGUGCUCUGAUGCUGGACUGUCGGUGUAAAGCAAAACGCUGUAAUCCGAGUCUUUGGCAGGUUUUUUUUUCUUAAGACCUCUGCUGCCCAAUUUUUCUUUCUUCUUUAAUUAAUGAUCUCAUGACUUCGCAGUACAGUGUUAUGUUACUUGAAAAAUUCUUUAAAAUUUUUUCUGAUUUGUUUAGUAUAGUUGCGUGAUAUUUGCUUAGCUGUUUGAGAUUAAUUAUUCUCUUUUUGAGCUAAUAUGAAGUUCAUGGAAAAUGAAGGAUUUCGUCAUCAGAUAUGCAUGCAAGUCACAACUGUUCAGUGUGGAAAGUUCUUUAGCUUAUUAGUGGAUGUAGUGUGUUAGAAAGGAUUAUCAUAUAUUUUAAAUGUUUGAACUUUUAUGAAAUUUCAAGUGUGAAGAAUUAUUACAUGCAAUUUUUCUAUGUAUGAACAACAAAUGAGCGUUUUUAAAGACAGGCUCUUACAAGGUGAAAAUGCCUACAACAAAAAUCAUGGCUAUGGAUUAGAUGUGGCUGGAAAUGAAGAUAAACGGUCAAGUAUAUUAUCUGAUGAUAAGAAGGGAAUAUCAAUUAUUGAGCUAGAAAAGAAGGAAGGAAGUACUCUUGGAUUGAUUAUUUCAGGUGGAAUUGAUAAAAACUGUAGGCCUAAAAUUUCAAGUUUAAGACCUGGAAGUAUAGCUCACAGGAGUGAUGCUUUAGCUGUUGGAGAUUAUAUUAUAUCUGUAAAUGGAAUUCGAACCUCUAAAUUGAAACAUGAAGAAAUUGUAAAUUUGUUGAAAAAUGCCGGAAAUAAAGUUACUUUAGAAAUUGAGUAUGAAAUACCAGCCUCUUCAUCAGCUGAGGCUUCAUUUUGUAAAACUUCAAAAGUCAUACAAGUAAAACUGGAGAAAGAGAAGGACAGCUUUGGCUUCACUUUAAGAGGUGGUGCAUGUGCUGAUCGAUUGAAAUCGCGACCUUUAACAAUUACACAUGUGAGAUUUGGUGGAUCUGCAGAUAGAACUGGUAUAAUAAAAGCUGGAGACAGACUUCUGGCUAUUGAUGGGAUAAACCUUUCUACUGCAAGUUUGCAAGAAGCUUUGCACCUCAUGAAACAGUUAAAACAAUCUGUUCUGUUUACUAUUGAAUAUGACAUUUCAGUCAUUGAUGCUGUGAAAAAUGCUACUGGUCCUUUGCUAGUUGAGAUAGAUAAAACCCCAGGUUGUUCACUGGGACUUAACUUGUCAUGCUUAUCUGUUCCUGAGCAUGCAAUCAUCAUUGAAAGUAUUCGUCAAGCUAGCAUUGCUGAGAGAUGUGGUGCACUUCAUGUUGGUGAUCAUGUUUUGGCAAUAGAUGACAUAAAAGUUGACCUGAUGACAUCAGCUGAAGCAAUGCAAUUGCUUAGAUCAUCAGUUGGAGAAACAGUUAAGUUAGAAAUAUUGCCAGUUAGUCAAAUGUCGCUACGAUCUGCUCCAGAAACUACUGUAAAACGAGGUAUUGUUUCAUCUCGUUAUUCUGCUGCAAGGACAAGUUUUCAGAAUUGUGGUUAUAAUACUCUGUCUUCACUUGGUGGGAUUUCUGUUACCUCUGGCUGCCCAUAUUCUUCUAUAACAUCUCCAGCAGGAAUGAGACGAGGCUGUGAUGGUGCUGCUGUGUGUACAACAUUACUCAAUCCUAUUAUGCCAAGCUCAUCAGAUGUGUCUUUAACUUCAACUACUAAUUCUGGAUGUACAAGUGUUGGUCAUGCAGACAGAACUGAAAUCACACUACCUGCAGACCACAAAGGAUUUGGAUUUACACUGCAAAGCUCAUCAUAUCCAUCUGAUAUACUGACCAGUCCUCCAUUUGUCAGUAGUAUUGAGCAUGGAAGUCCAGCUGAAAGAUCAGGUGCUCUGCAGGUGGGAGAUAGGAUUUUGGCAGUAAAUGGAGAAAGUACAGAAGGGAUAUCCUUAGAUGAAGUAACAAACAUGAUUGCCAAUUCUCAUCCCCGUGUAAACUUAAUAACCGAAUUUGAUGUUGCCGAAGCUGUUGUCCCUAGUAGUGGAACAUUCAUUGUUAAAUUGGUGAAAAGAGAUGCAGAUAUUGGCAUCUCUGUAACAGCACCAAGGAAUAGGCAGGUUGGAGAACCACUAAUUAUUUCAGAUAUAAAAAAAGGUAGCGUAGCUCAUCGAACAGGCUCAAUUCAACCAGGUGAUAAGUUAUUAGCUAUAAAUUCACUGAGAACAGAGAACUGCACUGUAGAAGAUGUUACUGCAGUCUUGCUGACAUGUACUGACAUUGUAAAGCUACGAAUUCGCAAAGAUGAAACGUUUUCAGAAGAUCCAGAUGCUACUUGUGCUAUUGUAUAUACAGUUGAACUUGUAAGGCAUGGAGGUCCUUUGGGGAUUACUGUGUCCGGAACGAAAGAGCCCUUUGAUCCUAUAUUCAUAUCAGGCCUCACUGAAAAUGGAUUAGCUGAAAGAACUGGUGCCUUGCAUGUUGGUGACAGAAUUUUAGCAAUAAAUGGAAACAGCUUAAGAGGGAAGACACUAAAUGAGGCAAUAUGCAUUUUACAGACAUGUGGUGAUGCUGUUACUCUCAAAAUUUCAAAGUGUCCAUGUCCUGAAAAAUUAGAAGAUGAAGAUUCAAAAUCUAAGUGCAUCCACUGUGUUCCAGAUAACCCAUUGAAGUCAUUCAAUACUCCACAGCCUAGUAUAGACAGUGCUGUUGAUUCAUGGGAUAGUUGCAAUCCUGGCUUAUCAGUUGUGGGCAAUGCACAAAUUAAACCUGAUUUGUGUGGUCAUUCAGCCAGUGACAGUAAUAUUGCAGUGUUAUAUCACAGUGCCUGUGAUCCAACAAAAGAAAAAUUGAUUGCAAGUAAAAGUGGGGAACAAACAACUUGGGAGCAAAAGACUCAUAGAUCAAAUAGUUUUUCAGGAAGCUUUUCAGUUCCAUCUGAUGAAGAGAGAGAGAGUUGGCAGAAAGUGCUUGAAGAUUUACAGACAUGUGGUCAGUCACAGCUUCUGCGGCAAAUAGAAAGAACAAUAUUAGGUUUUGAUGAAAAUGUUAAUGAAGUAAAGUCGAGUUCUGAGGGAUAUUUGGACAAUGUCCAGCAGAAUGCUCAUGGUACUUUAUCAGAAAAUAACUUGCAGGAGUUAAAUUCUCAGAUUGAACAAUUAAAUACUGACCUAAAAGACAAUGAAUGUGUUCAAAGACUUAUAGAAAAAGCUCUAGAACAUGAAAAGCACAAGGAGUAUGCUUUAAGGCAUAAUGUAAGCAAUGAACCUCUGAAUUUUUAUUGUAAUUCAGCUGCAUUUCCAGUACCAUUACCUGUUGAGAUAAUUAAAGUCACCUUGUUUAAAGAUCAAGUUUAUGAAGAUUUUGGUUUUAGUUUAUCUGAUGGCAAAUACGAAAGUGGUGUUUAUAUUAACAGUAUCAGACCUGGAGGUCCAGCUGAUAUGAGUGGUUUGAUCAAGCCAUUAGACAGGAUACUGCAGGUGAAUAAUGUGAAGACAUAUAAUGCAGGUCUUAUUGUUCCUUUAAUUGCCUCAUCUGGUGAUAGCAUUGAUUUAGUCAUCAGUCGCCCUGCAUAUGAUUCUGAAUCAUCAUCUGAGAGUACACUUGGUAGGACUGGUAAUUAUCACCCUUGGGCUGAACAUGAAGGAGAUAGAGAAGGCAGUUUAUCUCCUUUUUCUCCAAGUUCACAAACACUGACACUUACGAAAACUCUGUAGAAGGAAGAGACCAUCUAGCAUGUACAUAAAGCUGCUUAUUCAUAUUACAUCUGUGUUCCAUUUUUUUCAUAUGUUAGUUGUAAAAGAAAAGUAUUACAAAUUUGAGAUGUUGCUGGUACAACUUUAGCCUAAGAUGUACAUUCGUUACAUAAACAGCAUUUAAUGUGCAGUUAUGUAUGUAUAUAUUAUGCAUUCAGAGUCGUACUCUUUCACAAAUCAUAUAUAAAUCAAUGACAUUUUUAUUGUUGUCUUUAUUACCUAAAUAUGAAUUUUUUGAUUAAGUUUAAUUGUGGUUUGCAAAAGAAACAUUUUGUUGAUUUAUUGCUAAGAGUAUGGUUUAUUUCUUGUGUAAUUAUUCUUGAAAUUUUUUUAAAAAUCUACUAGACAUCUGUAAAAAUGAAUAUAUGUUCUAAAUAUGUAAUUACCAAUAAAAUGUUUUAUAUGCA